AUGGAAAUCACAUUAACAGCCACAAUUUUUAGUUUCUUUGGAUGGAAUGUUUAUUUAUUGAUUAAGAAAUACAGGGAAAGGCUAAGGUAAAAUUUCUUGCAUAAUCUAAUUGAUUAAGAAUCUGAUAAUCUAAUUAUGAAUGUAGCGCCAUACAAAAAAAUUAAAGCAAACGAAUAAAGCGAAAAAAUAGUCAAGCAAACUUAGUUAGAAGAGGCAGAAUCAAGUUCAGAUGAUAAUAAUGAACUUGUUUAGUAUAGAAGGAGCAAGACAAUUUUAGAUGAAGUAAGAUAAGAAAAUUUUCAAGAGCAAUGUUAUAUUUAAAAUUCCACUACCUUUGAUAUGGUCAAAGAUUUAAAAAAGAAAGAUAGACAUAAAUAAGAAUUUUCAUUCACAUAUUAGAAUCAAGGUUCUAAGAAGAUGAAGAAGUUCAGGAAAAACUCAAAAAUUUAUAUUGAUGAAUCAUUACCAUUGGAGAGUCCAAAAAAAAGUAAUAAAAACUCCAGCAAUAAGGUAUCUGAGAAAAAGAUAACUUAAUUCGACUUUUCAGGCUUAAAAGAUCAAUUCGAUAUCUAGGAUCCAAGGUAAGAACUUUUAGAAUGUGUUACUGAUUUUGCUUCUCAAUUUGAAUAGAAGUAAGAUAAUUAAGGCUAAGAAGAGAAUACAAAACCUAUAUAGUUUUCUUUGUAGCCUGAAAAAACAAAUAAUGAAGUAAAAGAAUAAACAAGUUAAUAAUAAGCAGAACCUGUAAAUAUUUUCGGAAAGUUCAUAACUUAAGCACCACCUUAAUUGAAGGAUAAAUAGUUAUAAGAAUAAAAAUAAUUAUCACCUUAACCCUAGCCUUUACAAUAGGAGCCACCAAAAAUCAAUAUUGGAUUAUUUACCAAUCUAUUGAAUACUAAUAAUCCUAAUCCUGAUUAGGUUACAGAUAAGAUAGUGUAACCUGUUUAAUUAAAUCAAAUACCAUAAGUUCAAGUACAAAAUCUGAAUAACGGGUUUUAACUGAAGAUUAAUGAAUAAAAUUAACCUUAAUAAUAAUAAUAAAAUACAUCUCUUUUUUAAAAUUUAGGUCAAAUUAAUAGUAAUUCAAUACCCAUUUUCAAUCUUAAUAAUUAAAAUCAAGAUAGUAUAAAUAAAAAUGGCAGUGCUGAUACAAAAUAAUCUAGUGCUAUUUAGAAUACUGCACCAUCAAACUUCACUUUUGGAAUUAACUCAAAUAUUUAAACAAAUUCAUAAGGUGGACUAUUUGAUAGCUUGAUCAAUAAGAAUGUUGGUUUAUUUGGAAAUUAAACAAGUUCAUCCAACAUUUGUCAAGACUAAAUUAAUAAUAAACCAAAUUUAUUUUCAUCACAUCCUUAACAAACUCAAAGUAAUUUAAUUUAACCCUAACCUAAUGCUGGAACUACUUUAUUUGGCAGCAUCCUUUCUGGGCAAUAACCAAAAGAAUAAAACCAAUAAAGUUAAACAGGAGGCCUAUUUAAUAUUAGUUCGAAUACUCAGGUUGGAAGUGGUUUAUUCGGAAAUUUGUUAAAGAGCUGA